AUGUUGCCCAUACAAGAUCAAAUAAAUGCAAAAACAACUCGGAGAAAUCAAGACAUGGAUGAUAUCGCUUUCGAGGAUGAAACCCUCAAAGUGACACAAGAUUCUACUGAGAGUACUCCGAUUAAAGUGGUGAAGUCUUAUUCGAGAAACGACAUGCCCACAGUAGACUUGAAGGUACAACUGGAGAACACGCUGCAGAGUGCCACGAUUCUUACCGAAUCACUGAAAUUGCAAAUCGAUGAAAUAUCAACGCGAGAAUCAAUAUUAAAAGACGCCAUUGUAAAUGGCAGAUCUGGCUUGUCAGCAGUUAGAGUGACUUCAAUGGGGCGACCACCUCGUUCCUACAUGGUCAGAGACGGCUCCUGGAGUCUAUGCAAGGGAUUAGUCCAGUUUCCAUCACAUGAGCAGUCCUCCAACCUGUUUAGCGAACUAUUCUACACACCUCGCUGUAUUGGGCACGAGAUGUCAUCGCAGCAAGACCCAUGCGCUUUCAACUCCUUGAUAAAAUACGAAACAGUACCUACCAUCAGACGUUUUGAGUACUCAGAGGACGACUUCCUUUGCCUUAAGAAGACAUUCAACACAACUUUAGAACGAUACAUGAGCGUUCCACGGCAAAUAAUAAAUGACACCUGCCAAGAUGGCAUCGUGCGGAGUUUAGAAGACAACGUUGCGAAAUGUGGACUUCGAGUUAUGACAGAGUACACCUACUAUCCAUCACGUAGCUUUUCCACCUCCACGUCCCUACCUUUGGAAUACUGCACCGAGCCAGAUGGUGCCUGCAAACUGAUAAUAGCUUGGCACGUCUCCAAUGCCACCGUAGAGAACUUUGAGUUCCUUGAAAACGAGCAAGACUUCAAAAAAUUUUUCAUCACAGCAGAAAAUAAUAUUGAGCAUUUUGUGUGUUCUAAAACCCAUAUGGCUCUUUGGUGGUAUCCAACUGUGGGCUACAGCUUCCGAUUCCAACUUGCAGUGCCUCAAAGGGCUCAAAACAAUAUCCUUAGUACUAUCAGUGGUGCUACCUGGUACACUGAAAUACGUGAAUAUCUGGAAAUGCCAAAACAAUUAGCCAAGAGAUUAACAGAUACAAAACGAAAUACAAAAAGCAAGUUCUUGCACAUCCAAAAUUCUCUUUUUAAAACAUUGGUGCAGGAGAGAAGCAGCAACAUCAAAAGACUCAAAAAAAAAAGAUGUUCUUGAUGACUAA